AUGAUUAAAUAAGGCAAUUUAAAGUUAAAAUGUUAAGUAGAUGAGCAUUAGGAAGAAAUUGAUUUUAUUUGUUUUAAUGAGUAUUGUACAGGAUAUAGAUUAUAAUGCUUUGAAUGCUUUAAAAAGGGAAUCCAUCAUAAUCAUGUUGAUGAUGUCAAAAAAGUAAACAGUUUGAUUGAAUUCCUUGAAAAUAAUAAUAAAUAUUGUGAUAAUUUAAUUGAUGAUCUAAGUCAAUAUAUAGAAAAUGUAAAUUAAUCAUUUUCUUUAUUAAAAAAAAGAAUCAGAAAUAAAUAUUAAUUAUCAAAAGAAAAAUUAGUUAAUUUGAAUUCUUAUUAAAUAAAUGAUUAUUUGAAUUCAACCGUCAAAUUAGCUGAAGAUAGAGAAUCAAUUUCCUAAAUUAUUGAAGAAAAAACUAAGGAAAUCACUCAUUCAUUUAAUAAUAUAUAUGAAUAAUUAUAACUAUCAUCAUUUAAUUAUUAUGAAGUUGAUGAUAAUGAUAAAAAAUUAUCUGUAGAUCUAUAAAAAUAAGGUAUUUAUUUAAUAAUUAAUAUUUUAGGUUAACAAUUAUAUUUGGAUGAUAGGUAUUACGAGGCCAUAGAACAAUUAGAUAAAUCAAUUAAAAUAAACCCUAAUAACAAGGAAGCUUUAUUUUACAAAGGUGUUAAUAAUCUAAUAUUAAUAGGUUCAUGUUUAAAGAUGUUAAAUCAAUAUGUAGAUGCGAUCCCUUGGUUGGACAAAGCAUUAGUUAUUGACCCCAACCAUGUUAAUUCCUUAAGUGAUAAAGGUAUAUUUGAUCAACUUUAUAUUAAUAGGUGAGUGUUUAAGGUUUUUAAGGAAAUAUGGAGAUGCGAUCACUUGUUUGGACAAAGCUUUAGCUAUUGACCCCAAACAUGUUUAUUCCUUAAGUUAUAAAGGUAAAUUUAAUCAUCUUUAUUUUAAUAGGCUAGUGUUUAAGGUUUUUAAGGUAUUAUGGAGAUGCGAUCACUUGGUUGGACAAAGCUUUAGCUAUUGACCCCAAACAUGUUGAUUCCUUAAGUGAGAAAGGUAGAUUUAAUAAUCUCUAUAUUAAUAGGUGAGUGCUUAAGAUUUCUAAAAUAAUAUGAUGAAUCUUUAACAUUUUUCCAUUAAGCACUAUACAUCAAUUCUAAUCAUACCUUUAGUCUUGAUUGCAUAGGUAUAAUUUCAUUUAUAAUUAGGUAAAUGCUUACAAGAAUAAGAGAAAUAUCAAGAAGCUCUGAUAUAUUAUGAAAGAAAAUUAAAGAUAUAACCUAAUGAUCAAUGGACAAAAGAAUAAAAGAGUAUUCUUAUUUUCUUAAUCUAGGAUUUUGUUUAACGCAAUUGAAAAAGUGA